UAAGUCGAACAGUCUGCGGACACGACAAACGGCGGCAUUCAGCUGGAGAUCGACGGUUCGGUACUCUGCCACAUCAUUAAUAUCUACUCCACCGUUCUAUAUUCCCGCACUCUUGGGCGAGGCCAGUGGGAGCAACGCGUACUUGAUCGACGGCAAGAAAUGCAUUGCGAUUUCGACUUUGGACAACUAGACUGGCAAUACUUUGAUAAAGAGGUCCACGCUUGCUUUACGCCUGGUCCAGAGUCUGAUCUCAUGUCAGCGAAGCAAGCAUUCGGGGCCGACGCAACGUUUGCGGAUGAGGGUACAUCCAUGGCAAUAUAUCUUGACAACGCUGGAAAAUCAAGUAUCGGACUCGCAGAACUUCCUAGCCCCUUCAACUGCACCGAUAUCCGAGCGAAUAAAGCGGCUUUGCGCUUGUUUCAAAUUGCUACGACUUAGAAGGGGUCAACAUUACCAAAAUACCCUAUUUAUCACGUACGACUGGUUUGAACAGGCGGCUCGCGUGAAAAGACGAGCACUGCUCGAAAACGGUGACAAUCACUUGCUCCGCCACGAUUGGGGGAGGGGUUUUGUAGCUGCGAUGAAGGAUUUCUUUCCUGACUGUGAAGAACAAGUGUGGUCCCGAGAGUCAGAGGGUCAGAAAGCCGUGGACCGGCACUUUCUUUUCAAGGGUCAGCAGUUCGAAUUUGUCGUGCCAGACGAAGACAAUGGGGUAAGCGAGGAUAUAUCAGAAUCAAUGGUGUUGGAAUCAUUGGAAACCACACUGAGGGGCUAUGAGCAAGAGCUAGAAGGAAGCUGGAAGCGAAAAAUCUUCAAUACAAGUGAAGAUAUCCAUAGAGUCGUUGAGAUACCUAACAAGGUGAGGUAGUGGCUUCUAUGAAUAUUCGACUGGUGGAAUUCACAAAGAGCAGUGCCUUGUGGAAAAAAACGGUGCUUCUCAGGAACUCAGUAGAGUAGAAUGAUUGUAUGACCUACCUUACCUCAGUCAUUAUCGAUAAAAUUGGAUGGUAACAUUUUAGACCUAUGGGCUUAAAAAUGGACCUUUUCCCGAGCAAAAGACACGUUCCAAACAGAGCUAAAGCUAGUACAGACUACCUGACGAGGUGAAACCCAGUUGGCU